AUGUCAAUGUCAAUGUCAACUCCAGCUACGCCCUCCCAUAAGAUGGUCGGCGAGUUGUUUCUCGUGUCUCCAAUGUCGGUGGUUGGCUCGGGCGGCGUUUCUGGGAGAAAACGCAAGAUCACGCCCGUGGCCGAAAGAGCUUCGCCAAAAAGGAUCGCUGUCAUCACCAGUCCGGGAGCAGUGAGCCCUGCUGUUAACACCAUGGAGCGCCCCUCUCCCAAUCCGUUGGCGUGGCCCAUUCAGUCCGAACGUGCCUCCAUAGAGUACCGGUCUUCUCUUGGAGAAGCCAUCCCGAACCCGCUCUACAAGCCUGAACAAGCCUCACCACCGCCAAGGCACAUAGUCCUGCCGUUCGACCUGCGGGUUGAUGAAAAGGCCCUCUCUGACCCCGACAAGCGAGCUCUGCUAUCUAGUAUCUUCCCACACACGACUACUCUCACAUUUGACGGGAACUUCAUCGCCAUUCAUGUGGAUACACUACCGCCAAAACCCUGGCCCUUAUCAGUUGCUGGCGUUCCGCUCUACCUCUAUCAAGAGCGGGGCCGAAUUCCCAUGCCAGAAGCUAGGCCGGCUUGGGAAAGCAAAGUCCGUAUUGGUCAAGACCAAAACGGCCGAAACAUGAAGGAUUGGACACCGCUCUUCAACAUCAUCAAGGACCAUUGUCGAGACAUUGGUGUCUCGAUUACAGAGGUUAUUUAUUUUCCCGACUCUGUCUACAUCGUGUUGGAGCACCGUGAUACGGAUUACAAAAUUUUGCCGCGGUUGGCUGGAGGGAUUAUGUGUUUCUACAUGUUCGAAGAUCAGAUGGGAAGACCGUCGACACCACAAGCUCGCCGCCUUCAUGACCCUGCUCCAGGGGAUCCGGAUGUCAGCAAGUAUGAUGCUCUACAGCCAGGCCUGCGUGUGUCCUCUGCCUACCUACCAGACAAACCUGACAAAUUUCUCGGAACAACAACUGGUGUGCUUGUAAAGGAUCAAGUCGGCAACAAGUUCAUGACUGUGGCUGCACAUGGAUUCCCACCCGAAUGUGGCACGUCAGUCUAUCACGCUCUCCCCAGCACCGGUCGCGACAUUGGUGAGCUCAUUAUGGAAGUUACGCACACGGACAUUGCACUUGUUAAGUUGCAAGACGAAGAAACAUUCUCUAACACCACGUUCCAAAACGACUUGACACCGGAGCCUGUUCAGCUUAAGAAAUUUGUUCGAUGUGAAGAAUACCAACGGCAGAGUAUCAUACACCUUGAUUCACCUGAUACCGGCUUCAUUGACGGCCAAUACAUGGCUCCAUCAUACAAGGCAAUCCCUGUAGACGAAGGUUUACCAAAGCUCAAGUGGGUCUCCACAACUUGGUACUACAUGGGCGAGGACUCAGGAACCAACCUUCCUGCAGGAAUGUGUGGCAGUGCUAUUUGGGAUGAAGACGGAAAUGUUUUGGGAUUUUUUAAAUACGCACCACUGAAUGGAGCCAUGGUAAAUUGGUGCAAUGGAGUUGCUGCGGAUGAGCUCAUCAAUCGAGGAUAUACACUCGUCGAUGCAAACGAUACAGCAUGA